AUGCAAAACAUGUCGGGCUGGAGAAGUCUAAACGUAGGCGUCAUUGGCGGUGGUAUUGGCGGUAUGUCUGUUGCGGUUGCCUUGCGUCGCGCUGGACAUACCGUGACCAUUUACGAGAAGUCGGAUUUCGCAGGCGAGGUUGGCGCUUCGGUCUCGUGUGCUGCCAACGGAACCCGCUGGCUACACGAGUGGAACGUGGAUAUUGCCAAAGGUGACCCUGUUGUCCUGAAGAAACUCAUCAAUCGCGACUGGAAGACGGGAGAACCUGUCAGUGUGUAUGAUUUGGACGACUAUGAAAAGCGUUGGGGAUAUGUAUACAACAUGUUCCAUCGCCAGUAUAUGCAUACCAUGCUUCAGGAUGCAGCCUUGGGCGAGGGCGAAGGUACCCCGGCAACGCUUAAAGUGAAUCAUCGGUGCCGCGAUAUCGAUCUGAAGACGAGCACGAUCGUAUUCGAGAACGGAGAGGUUGUAUGUCACGAUCUGAUUAUCGGAGCUGAUGGAAUUGGGUCAGCCGUUCGCAAGGUCCUUGGAAUUACCCCAGAAAAGCGCCCUUCCGACCAAAGCUGCUUGCACACAAAUGUGACAACCGAGGAAGCCGUCAGACUCGGCCUGGCCGACUACUCCAAAGAUAGCGCACUGGAGUACUGGGGCGGGCAAGAGGGAAAAUGGGACAAGAUCGUUCUGUCCCCAUGUAACGGUGGCAAGCUCUUGUCCUACUACUGCUUCUUCCCGCGCGAGAAGGGCGACUAUUCCACACAGACAUGGGGAGCUGAAGACCGCCCUGUCGAGGAACUCCUCGACCCGUACCCAGAACUGGACCGACAAGUAUAUGGCCACCUGCAAAUUGGAAAGGAGAUCAAGCCAUGGCGUCUGUGGGUCCAUGAGCCUUAUCCGUACAUCCGACGCGGUAACACUUGUCUCUUGGGGGAUGCUGCACACCCGAUGAUGCCUCAUCAAAGCCAAGGAGCCUGCAUGGCCAUCGAAGAUGCAGCAGCCCUUGGAAUUUUGUUUAGCAAGCGGUAUUUUGCUGGGGAUAUCGACCAGGCGCUGGCAGUAUACGAGGAGGUGCGUCUGCCCCGUGUUACCCGGGUACAGGCCGCAGCAGCCAAGGCGGCUUAUAACAUCAACGAACGGAUUGGCUUUUCUGCCAACAAAGACAUCCCCACAUACAAAGUCGAAGACGCGAACAAGGUCUUGACCAUCGAGGAAAUGAACGCCUACGAUAUGUACAAAGACAUCGAGGAGAAACUCGCCUCAAAACAGGGCACAACUUACACCGGCGCCUUCCUGUGCGGACUGCCCAUCGGACUUGAGCUUCCAAAUGGGAUCACCAUCGGCGCAUGA